GUAGUCGCCACAAAAGCCACGUGUCAAGCUGCACUCUUGGAGCUGAACCUGCUAAACCGGCUGCAGGCAGAGCCUGCGCCGGCGGCCUUGGACGAGGCUAGCAGCCUCGAGUUUGCUGCAGCGGCAGCAUCUUUUGCAGCAGCGCAAGCUGCGAAGAACGUUUCAUUACCUCCGCUGAGCAGUGAGUAUCUUCGCAACAAGUUCUUCGAAAUGUUCUCCGAUGUCGCGAUCGACGCCCGUGGCAACGUCUACAUGGAGAACGGGACCAUUCCGACAGGAUCCGAUGUCUGGAGGGAAGGCAACUGGAUCAAGGUCAGCGAAUGGCAUCCAGCAGGCGUCGCCUCCAACGUUGGCCCAUGGAAGCUGGUGAGGUGGAACGAUGUAUCCUAUAUCAGCAUCACCAUGACCAGCUUCCUAUGCGCUGUG